GUUUUGACCCUCAUCAGUUACUUGCUCAGUCUCCACUGCUGUUCAGUAUCAGUUCGGCUAGCUCCGCACCGUCUCGUACUCCCAUUCACUCUAAUCGGACGGCGACAUAUACAACCAGAGGAGUAUAGGUCAAGGUGAGGAAGAAAGAGGGUAAUGGCGGCAAAGGUUUCGAAUUUCACUGAUUUGGUUCAGAGGGUGGCGGCUUCCUGCUUGCUGCACCCACUUGGCUCCGGCCGGAUUAAUGGUGCAUUCUCUGUGAAUGGCGCCGGAGACGAGGAUGAUUUUAGUGAGCUUGAGUUAGAUGAGCCGGAGGAGGAAGUGAAAGAAGAGGAGGAGAUUGGUGGUAAUGGAGGAGGGUUUAGGGUCCGGGAGGAGGAGGGGUCAAGGAAGGAGGUAAUGGAGAUAGAGAUGGCAAUGUGGGAAGUGUUUGAUGCAGUUUCGGCAAUGAAGAGGGCUUAUGCUGGCCUGCAGAAGGCGCAUAGCCCGUGGGACCCUGAGAAGAUGAGGGUGGCCGAUGUGGCGGUGGUGGGGGAGCUGAGGAAGCUCGGAGUGUUGAGGGAGAGAUUUAGGAGGAGAUGUUCUAGCUUGGGAGGUUAUAGAGGUGGAGGAGCCAUGGCGGGUGGUACGCUGAUGAGGGAGGUCGUGGCGCCAUAUGAGGCCGCGGUGGAUGAGCUGAAAAAGGAGGUCAAGGCUAAGGAAGUGGAGGUUGAUAACCUCAAGGAAAAGCUCAGCAGUGUUGUUAAUGGCUCCAAUGGGCAUAAUGGCAAGAAGGGCAGAUCAAUCUCAAGGAGGAAGGUAGGUUGCAGUCAACUUCAAGUUGUAGCUGCUCCAGCACCAGAUUUGUUUGAGUCAACCAUGAGCCAAGUGAAAGAGGCAUCAAAGUCCUUCACUUCACUACUCUUCUCUCUCAUGCGUGCCGCUCAUUGGGACAUUGCAGCAGCUGUGCAUUCCAUUGAAGCUGCCACUGUCACUGCCACUACCACAACAUCAAUCAACACAUCUUCCAUUGUCACAACAACGCAGAAUGGCAAUGCCAAGUAUGCUCUCCAGUCCUACAUUUCCAGCAAAAUGUUCCAAGGUUUUGAUCACGAGACAUUCUACAUGGAUGGUAGCCUCUCUUCACUUCUCAACCCGGAUCAGUACCGCCGGGAUUGCUUCACUCAAUACCAUGACAUGAAGGCCAUGGAUCCUGCAGAGCUUCUUGGAAUUUUGCCCACGUGUGCCUUUGGCAAGUUCUGCUCAAACAAGUACUUGGCAAUAGUUCAUCCCAAGAUGGAAGAGUCAUUAUUCGGAGACUUGGAUCAGCGACGGCAGGUCUUAGAUGGAAACCACCCUAGGAGUGAGUUUUACAGCCAGUUCUUGGGAAUGGCUAAGUCAGUCUGGUUACUGCACUUGCUGGCCUUCUCUCUUGACCCAACACCUAGUCAGUUUGAGGCUACCAGAGGUGCUGAGUUUCAUCCACACUACAUGGAAAGUGUUGUCAAGUUUUCAGGUGCACGGGUUCCUUUGGAUCAGGUUGUCGGGUUUCCUGUAAGUCUUGGGUUCAAGCUUGGGAAUGGGUCUAUUAUCAAAGCCAGAGUUUACCUGGUUUCCAGGGAUUAGAAGAUACAAGUCUGAUGUUGCUAGAAUUUAGUCCUCUCCAAUAAAUGUUCACCGAUGUUAUAUAAAAUGGAAAAUG